GGUGGCUCUAUAUUCGUCACUGAUUUCAGGGAGAUUUGCAGGCGCACAGUGUGGAUGAGGAGAAGGGGUGGGGGGCUCUCGCAGAGGGAAGAAAGAUUUAUGAAAUGAUAGGUGGUCGAGCUUUGUUUGGCUGGACUUUUGCGCGCAAUAAGUCGACUUUUUUUGUGUUUCCUCCACUUGAGGGAUUAUUAACGCGGUCGAUGGCCACCCGGCGCGCCACACAGCACCACUUAGCGCCGCUGUGACACAACAGUGGAGCCCCCGUGUCGAGCUAAAGCCCUGGACACUCAGUCUCCAGUGGAUAACCAGCUCCCCCCACUCUCUCUUCCUCUUCCUCUCUCUGUCAGUGCGUACUCGCCGUGCGUUCUGCAUGCGUCAAGGGAGCACCGUGCGUAACUGGAGACUCGUGCGUAACUGGAGACAGAUUUCACUCCAUUUUGCGCUGGGAUUCUGAGGACCACUGGCGGUGUAACGCUCACUUGCAAGGACACUGACCACUGGAUCCCGAUUUAUUUCUCUUUUGAAACAUCUCACGGUUCGUCUUUUCUCCCUCCCUCUCUUCACUCUACGCCAGUCGUACGUCAGAGCUGACAUGACGACCGAGACCCCUCAGCAGCAGCUGGACCCUCCGCCUCCUCUGAGAUCCAGCCCGGCGUCCGGCGCCCUGCACCCCGCCAUGCUGAGCCCACAAGCCGCCACAGAAAGUUCGUCCACCGCCAUUAAAGGAAAGAAGACGAGCUCCGGUUUACGGCGACCGGAAAAGCCGCCGUACUCCUACAUCGCUCUCAUCGUUAUGGCAAUACAGAGCUCCCCCACCAAACGACUGACACUCAGUGAGAUCUACCAGUUCCUCCAGGCUCGCUUCCCAUUCUUCAGGGGCUCAUAUCAGGGCUGGAAGAACUCGGUCCGGCAUAAUCUUUCGCUGAACGAGUGUUUCAUCAAGCUGCCCAAAGGGCUGGGCAGGCCGGGGAAAGGCCAUUACUGGACCAUCGAUCCGGGCAGCGAGUUCAUGUUUGAGGAAGGCUCGUUUCGUCGCAGACCCAGAGGCUUCAGAAGAAAAUGUCAAGCUCUGAAGCCCAUGUAUCGGAUGAUGAACGGAAUAGGCUUCGGCACCUCCAUUCUCCCGCAGAGUUUUGACUUUCAAUCUCCAUCCGCCACUCUCGCCUGUCACGGCAACAGCUACAACUUGGACAUGAUGAGCAAUUCAAUGGCCGGGGGAUACGACGGGCUAAGCAGCGGCCACCACGUACCCCACAUGUCCCCGAGCCCAGGCUCCACAUACAUGGCGAGCUGUCCUGUGCCGUCUAACGGGGAGUACGGACCAGACAGCAGCAGCAGCCCCGUACCGUCCUCUCCAGCCAUGGCCAGCGCGCUGGACGGCCACUCCCCGUACGCCAGUACAUCCGCACACUGGGCGUCCUCCGGUGGGUCCCCCUACAUCAAACAGCAGCCUAUAACCUCCAGCAGCCCCGCAUCCUCUGGUUUACACUCCGGCAUGUCGCCUUACUCCCUGGAGCAGAGCUAUCUUCACCAGAACGGCAGGGACAGCCACAGCACCGACAUAUCAGUGGGGAUUCCACGCUAUCAGAGCCAUUCCUCGGUGUGCGACAGGAAAGAUUUUGUGUUAAACUUUAACGGCAUCUCGUCCUUCCACCCCUCGGCUGGCGGCUCCUACUACCACCAUCACCACCAUCACCAUCCCCAGAGCGUCUGCCAGGACAUCAAACCCUGCGUGAUGUGAGACACACGGGCACGCUCAAACUGCAGCUCUGUCACAGGAGAACAAAGCGAACAUUUGUAAUUUCUACUUCUUUUUUUUCUUUUUUUUUGGAGGAUUCAUACGAGGAUGUUUCAUGGCGUCCGCUCUCACAUGUUCGCCUCCUACAUGCAGCCAAAGUAGCUUUUCUUGGUUGGACUUGAGAAACUUAUGCAUUGAAGGAAAUGAAUGAAGAAAUUCCCAGAUGCCUUGAAAAAGAAAAAAAAAAAGAAAAAAACCACUCUGCCAAUAUGAACCCUGACAAGCGCUUUCUUCUUCUACAAAAGAAGCUUCAGAAACACGACUUUUUUUUUUAUGUGUGUUUGCUCUUGUAACACGUGCAAACUAAUUAUAUUCUAUGUAACUAUGUUCUAUCCUAUUCGAGUAACUACACACACGACGCUUUAGGCUAACAUGAACUGCAACAAACCUUGCACUUAUUGUAUAACCCUUUGCCAACUUUUUUGUCCUGUAAAAGGUUUCAAUAAAGCUGAUAUAUAUUUUAGGCUACA